AUGGAUAAUAUAUCGAUUAGAAAUCGAUUUCGAUCGAUUCUUUAUGUUCUUAUUCAUUUUUCAUGUUCACUUAUUCAAUUGGCUUGUGUAUUUGCUAUAUUAGGCUUACAGAUAACAUUAACAGUUACUCAAACAUGUGCAUUUCGUAUUGGUGUUGGUUUUUGGUCAGCACCAUUUUUAUUAGCUGCACCAAUUAGUAUAUGGUUACUUAUAUGGAAACGAAAUUCAAUUUAUUGUUUUAUAGCUUUUAUUAUUCAUAUAUGUUCAACUUUAUUUGCAAGUACUAUUAUUAUUAUUAGUUUUCUUGUACUUAUUGGACAAAUAGGAUCUCCAUGUUCAAUAUCUUCAUCAUCGAAUAGUUAUGUUUUAUCAAUAAAUAUAACAUUAAUUGCUGUAUCAGUAUUUUAUAAAUCAUUUAUUUAUACUGAAAUGUUUGUACUUUAUAUGUUACAACGUUAUAUAGCUGAACCAUCUAUUUUAUUAGAUAAACAUGAUUAUGAAAAAAAUUAUCAAAUUAUAACAAAUGAUAUAAAUACUAAAACAUGGAAUUGA